CGCCCACGCCCACGCCCACGCCCACGCCCGCGCCCACGCCCGCCCAACCAAACUCUGAGCUGAUUUUGAUCCCUCACCCCUCCCCUCCCGCUGUUCUCCUGCGUCAUUUGCCUGCGUUUUCACUACCGGCCUCCGUCAAGUACAGUACAGUCAGUCCGUCAACCUAACCUGUACGUACCUCGCAACUCCAGGACACAGCCUCACUUAUCAACACCCCCAAGACGAAGACGAAGAACAAGAAACAGCGCUCUCCCUGCAACCCACGAAUUACAACUGCGAACAAGCACGAGGAAUACACACAAGAGGCACCCGGCACACAGUUGGUGAGGAUGGUCAGCUUGGGACAUGCGCAUCGCCGGGCCUCCGCGGCAAGUAGGUACUCUUCCAGGCUGCAUGCUCAACGCUCCAAGUACUACCCAAGAGGGAGACAGCUGGGCAUGUUGGCCAGACGUAGAGGCAUUGUGCUAAUGGUGACGUGGGAAGCAGGCGCGAGGUCUUCGGUCGAUGAGUCGAGGUCGGAUGGCCCGGAGGACGAGGUCGUGGAGCCCGAUCAGGGAAAUGGUGAGGCGUCCUACGUACUUCGACGACUUACACGAGGGGGGCAUUUACUGAUAUGGGUUGGGAAUAGUAUUGUCGCAUAUCAUCUCGCAGCUGAGGCCAGGCGCGGAUCUGAGUCGAGUGGUGCUGCCGACUUUUAUUCUGGAGCCUAGGAGUAUGUUGGAGAGAAUCACCAAGUGCGUGCUUAUUCUAUAAGGGAAUUUGAGAAAAAAGAAUACUGAUGGGAAAUAGCUUCAUGGCACACCCGGAAACCCUUCUACCUAUGCCUGAUAUCGAAGAUCCGACGCAGAGAUUCGUGUCGGUGGUUAAGUUCUACUUGAGUGGAUGGCACAUCAAACCUCCGUAAGUACUGCUUCGAGUCUAUUACAUUGGGAAUGGGAGACAUUGACGGUCAUGUAGCGGAGUCAAGAAACCACUCAACCCAAUUUUGGGAGAGACGUUUACUUGCUAUUGGGACUUUCCAGACAACACCAAAGGAUACUACAUCUCCGAACAAACCUCCCACCACCCGCCUAAAUCGAGCUACUUCUACAUGGCACCCGAGCACCAUAUUCGAAUCGACGGUUGUCUGAAGCCACGCAGUAAAUUCUUAGGGAACUCGGCUGCUAGUAUGAUGGAAGGGAUCGCUAUCCUGCGGUUCCUAAAUCGAGGAGAAGGUGGGAAGGGAGAGAGAUACAUCUUGACCCAGCCAAAUAUGUAUGCGCGGGGUAUUUUGUUUGGAAAGAUGAAGUAUGAGCUUGGAGAUCACAGUUUUGUGCGGUGUCCAGAACUGGGACUAAGUGCUGAUAUCGAAUUCAAAACAAAGGGGUACUUUGGUGGGACAUACAAUGCCAUUGGAGGCGUAAUCAAGAAUGACCAUACAGGUGAGAUCCUGUAUGAGUUAUCGGGGAUGUGGAGUGGAGAGAUGUCCAUGAAGGAUGUAAAGACUGGGAAGAAGGAAGUUUUGUUCGAUGCUACAAGAGCAAAGCAUACGCCUCCAACUGUCCGGCCUCUCGAGGAGCAAGCGGAGCGCGAAUCUCAGAAAUUAUGGUUCGCUACUGCCAAGGCUGUGAAAGAACGUAAUCACGAGGUCGCGACAGACGAAAAGACUAAAAUCGAGGACAUGCAAAGAGAUGAAGCGGCUAGGAGAGCUGAAGAUGGGGUAGAGUGGCACCCAAGACUUUUUAGACCGGUGAAAGGCGGCCCUGGAGGUCCAGAUGAGGGUGAAGAAGACUUGGAUUGGAUCUUGAACGCAAAUAUCGACGGAACUACGCCUCAGAAACAAGCAGAACAGAUCUUAGCAGUAACACCCAUCGUCCAAGGUCAAAAAAGCACCGAGAAGAACCCAAUUCCACCUCAUACCAGUAGCGACUCCUAUACCUCAACCCAUGCCGCUUCCGCUUCAUCAGAAAACCAAGCUCCUCAACCGUCACACACCAAUGACCUUAUCGAUUUCAGCCAAAGUGAUGGCGCAACGCCAAACAAUACCACAACUCCCGUUCCCACUUACCAGCCUCCAGCCGAUCUCCAAGCCGCCCAAACAGUCAAUGGUGGUCAGCAGCAGAAGGACCUAGAGAAUACGCUCAGGUCUACGAGCAAAGAGCGGACGAAUGGGAGCGCCCUGAUCGAUUUCAGUGAUGAUUUGAAGAGAGAUCUACCGACUGUGGAUGCGAAUGGGAAGAAGCUUGCGCCGUUGAAGAGGGAGGAUACUGAUACCCAGAGUUUGGAUGAGUUCGUCGACGCUGAAGGAUAAAUUUCUCUGCAUAGUUUGAAUGCGUUUCUAGCUAGCAUCUGCGUGCGAGACAUUGUCAUUUCCCUCUUAUUUGAAGCGGGAUGAAGCAACUGCAAGGAAGAUCAUAAUGAAUACAUGUGACUACCACCUAGGUAGCUAGGAUUUCUCUCCCAUAUAUAGAAGGGGUGGGAUGGAUGAAUGGGG